CUUAUCUUAUAAUCAUUCACCUAUCCCUCCGACUCUUGCGUCCCGCCGGCUAGGUUGAGGGUUAGGGUUUUCGCUCCAUCUGCAGAACAAAUCCACCCCUCCCACCCGCUCUCUUUAUUCCGGCUAGUGUCUGAAUUCUCUUCUUUGAUCGAGAAUGGCGUGUUCGUCCGCCCAGAUUCACGCCCUCGGCUCCUCCGCCGCCUUUCCUUCGUCCCGGAAGCCUUCUCCCCGAAUCUCCUCCUCGGGAUCCCUCUUCUUCGGCUACCGCCCUUCGGGUUCCCUCAAUGGAGCUAUUCUCCGAGCACGGAGUUGCGGGGGAAGGGAAAGACGCGGCCUUGGCCGCCCCCUUCGGGUGGUGGCCGAGAAGGUUGUGGGGAUCGACCUCGGGACCACGAACUCGGCUGUCGCGGCGAUGGAAGGAGGGAAGCCGACGAUUGUUACUAAUGCCGAGGGGCAGAGGACCACGCCGUCGGUCGUCGCUUAUACGAAGAACGGCGACCGGUUGGUGGGGCAGAUCGCGAAGCGGCAGGCCGUGGUGAACCCGGAGAACACGUUCUUCUCGGUGAAGCGGUUCAUCGGGAGGAAGAUGGCAGAGGUCGAUGAGGAAUCGAAGCAGGUCUCUUAUCGGGUCAUGAGGGAUGAGAACGGGAAUGUAAAACUCGAGUGCCCUGUCAUCGGGAAGGAGUUUGCAGCUGAGGAAAUCUCAGCCCAGGUUUUGAGAAAACUUGUGGACGAUGCAUCGAAGUUUUUAAAUGACAAGGUUACUAAAGCAGUGGUUACAGUUCCUGCAUACUUUAAUGACUCACAAAGGACAGCAACUAAGGAUGCUGGUCGUAUUGCUGGUCUAGAAGUUCUUCGCAUCAUUAAUGAACCUACUGCCGCAUCACUGGCAUAUGGAUUUGAAAAGAAGAACAAUGAAACCAUUCUAGUAUUUGAUCUGGGAGGUGGUACAUUCGAUGUUUCAGUUCUCGAGGUUGGAGAUGGUGUUUUUGAAGUCCUUUCAACUUCUGGGGACACACACCUUGGUGGUGAUGAUUUUGACAAGAGAAUUGUUGAUUGGCUGGCUGCAAGCUUUAAGAGAGAGGAAGGCAUUAAUCUUCUGAAAGAUAAGCAAGCCCUCCAGCGACUCACUGAGGCAGCAGAGAAGGCCAAGAUGGAAUUAUCAACCUUGACGCAGACAAAUAUAAGCUUGCCAUUUAUUACCGCAACUGCUGAUGGUCCCAAGCACAUUGAAGCAACUCUAACAAGAGCCAAGUUUGAGGAGUUGUGUUCAGAUCUUCUGGACAGGCUUAGAAGACCUGUAGAUAAUGCCUUGAGAGAUGCAAAACUCUCAUUCAAGGACCUAGAUGAAGUUAUUCUGGUGGGUGGUUCAACUCGAAUCCCAGCUGUCCAGGAACUCGUGAAGAAGAUGACUGGAAAGGAUCCUAAUGUUACCGUCAAUCCUGAUGAAGUUGUUGCUCUUGGAGCUGCAGUACAGGCAGGGGUGCUGGCUGGAGAUGUUAGCGACAUUGUUCUUCUUGAUGUGACCCCACUUUCCCUGGGCUUGGAAACAUUGGGCGGAGUGAUGACAAAGAUCAUCCCUAGAAAUACGACACUGCCCACCUCCAAGUCAGAAGUCUUCUCUACAGCUGCAGAUGGGCAGACAAGUGUUGAAAUAAAUGUUCUUCAGGGUGAAAGAGAGUUUGUGAGGGACAAUAAAUCACUUGGAAGUUUCCGCCUUGAUGGAAUACCUCCAGCACCACGUGGUGUGCCACAGGUUGAGAUAAAAUUUGACAUUGAUGCCAAUGGCAUCCUCUCUGUUACCGCUGUGGAUAAGGGUAGUGGGAAGAAGCAAGACAUCACAAUCACUGGGGCAAGCACUUUGCCUAGUGAUGAGGUGGAGAGAAUGGUAAAUGAGGCUGAGAUGUUUGCAAAGGAGGACAAGGAGAAGAGGGACACCAUAGAUACAAAGAACCAGGCAGAAUCUGUGGUCUACCAGACAGAGAAGCAGUUGAAGGAACUGGGAGACAAGGUCCCUGCUCCUGUCAAGGAAAAGGUGGAGGGAAAGCUUGGAGAGCUCAAAGAUGCCAUUUCUGGAGGAUCAACGCAAGGCAUGAAGGAUGCUAUUGCUGCCCUUAACCAGGAGGUGAUGCAACUGGGCCAGUCACUCUACAACCAGCCCGGUGGAGCUGGUGCUGGGCCUGCACCUGGGGCUGAUGCUGGGCCUGCAGACCCUUCAGGCAAGGGAUCAGAGGGUGGAGAUGUAAUUGAUGCUGAUUUUACAGAUAGCAAGUGAAAUGGACGAACAGCUGGUCGCACUUUUCAGGGUGAAUUGGUCGAGUGAUUCAGCAUCUUAGUGCAAUUUUUCUGUUUACAGGAUGGUACAUUGCAGGUAGUUCUGUAAGACACACAACGCCCUUAUCAAAGGGCAAGGAUGAGAAAGAGGCCCACCCAAGCCCAGCCACCCCUGGGAAAGCCUUGGGUAAUUUAUCAAUUGUUUCAGCUCGGGCAAAAGUGCUUUAUGUCGAAACGCUUUUUAAAUUCAAUGAAUCUGAUUGAUGCUUUCUUGUUAAA